GUCAUACUGCUGUGAGUUUGUGGUUAUGUGUGUAUGUGUAGGUCGGAGGACAUACAUGCUCGAGAGGGGUGCUUAUUAAUCAUGACGCACCUCGCCCUCCAGCUAUCUCCGCAUGUUAUGCAAUCAGCCUUACAACAUUGUCGACCAUACCGAGUGGGUUUACUAAACAGAAACCAAGGUACCGAUGAUUGUAGCAAGAUAUAAGACCAUUGUUCACGUUUGUUGUUACAUAUCACGCCCAUCUUCUUCGACUGCCAAUUCCCUUCGCACCCAACACAUCCCCAUACCAACUAUCCUCCCCAUCUCUACACCGAACAGCCAUCAACAAACCCAAUCAUGUCCCCCAAAUCCAAAUUCAUCGCCAUAAUCGCCGGCGUCGGCCCCGGAACCGGCGCCUCCGUCGCUCGCAAAUUCAGCCAAACAUACCCUGUUGUGCUUCUCGCCCGCACGCCCGAAUCCUUCUCUUCUCUCGCUGAGGAAAUCAACAAGAACGGCGGGAAAGCGAUUGGCAUCGCUACCGACGUGUCGUCCGCCUCAUCCAUAUCCUCUGCCCUAGCUGGCAUCAAGAAGGAGUUUGGUGACGACGUAGCUGCUGCGGCAGCGGUGUUCAACGCGUCCGGAGCGUUUAUGCGCAAACCAUUCCUUGAGAUCCCCGUGGAGACAUUCGAGAAGAGUUUGGGGGUUAGUGGGAUGGGUGGAGUGCUGUUCUCACAGACUUUCCUGCCGCUCCUACUAAAGGGUGUGGAGAAGGGGUCUGAACAUCCGCCUAGUCUUAUCUUUACGGGGGCCACCGCGAGUGUGAAGAGUAAUGCGCAGAUGGCGAGUUUCUCGACGGGCAAGUGGGCGUUGAGGGCGUUGAGUCAGAGUUUGGCGAGGGAGUUUGGACCGCAGGGUGUUCACGUCGCUCAUGCGAUUAUUGAUGGGGUUAUUGAUAUUCCGAGGACCAAGGAGUGGUUGAAGGAUAUGCCUAAGGAGGCGAAGUUGAGUGCUGAUGCGAUUGCGAAUGAUUAUUGGUGGCUGCAUACCCAGCCCAAGACCAACUUUACGUGGGAGAUUGAUCUCAGGCCUGCGGUUGAAAGGUGGUAGGCUGAAAUGAGGCGAUAGGAAAAUGGCGCAUGAGAGUAUCAGCAGUACCAGUAGCAAACACUCUUCAUUUCCCGAAAUCAUGUGAUCCUGCGUCACUGCGACAAUAGCUUUGAUGUCGCAGUAAAUUCCUGCGUCGCCGUGGAUGCCUUCAAUUCGUUUUUGCGCUCUUUCAAGGUGAAGAUGAGUACGCUAGGAGGCCCUCGGUGUAUACAAUCUUAUAAAUCUGACUUUCUUCCUUCU